AGUAGUCCGCGUGGAGCUAAGGCGGUGCGCUCUCGUAGGGGCCGGUUUGCUGGGCAGCCGGGGAGUUGGAGCUCCCAGCCGCGGGGCAAUCUGUACCAUGGACGGUCUUCGGCAGCGCUUCGAGCACUUCCUAGAACAGAGGAACUUUAUCACCGAAGCCCUCGGGGCGCUCGAAGUCAGGACCGGAGUCGAGAAGCGCUACCUCGCUGCGGGAGCCGUCACGGUGCUAAGCCUGUAUCUUCUGUUCGGCUACGGGGCGCCUCUACUGUGCAAUGUGAUAGGAUUUGUGUACCCCGCGUAUGCGUCAAUCAAAGCUAUCGAGAGCCCAAGCAAGGAGGACGACACUGUGUGGCUCACUUACUGGGUGGUGUACGCCCUCUUCGGACUAGUGGAGUUCUUCAGCGAUCUACUCCUGUUCUGGUUCCCUUUCUACUACGCGGGCAAGUGCGUCUUCCUGUUAUUCUGCAUGACGCCGGGCCCCUGGAACGGGGCCCUGCUGCUGUACCACAGGGUGGUGCGACCGCUGUUCCUCAAACAUCACGUGGCCCUCGACAACGCCGUCAGCCAUCUCGGAGGAAGAGCUCUGGACGCAGCAGCUGGGAUCACUCGGGACGCCAAAUCAAGACCGAGCCUGCCACAGACACACAAAUGAAGCCCUCUCUCGGCCAGGGCAUAGAUCCCCUAGCCAACGACAAGGGACAGGCACUUGAGCCCAAGGCCUCCAGUUCAUCCAUGGAUUUCCAGACAGAGUC